AUGACAGCGCCGUCUGGGCAGCAGCUGGCUAAGGUGACAAGCAGCAUCGACAUGCUUGAGCAACAGCUGCGCAGUUUGGCGGACAUUGCUGGAAGUUUGGAGCCCUCAGAAGCCAAAGAAUCUACCAGAGAAGUACUGCACGGUCUAUGUGCACUGGAGCGCGAUCUCGAAGCUGCCAAGGAAGGCCCCGGUGGAGCUGACCCAGAUCACUGUCAGAAGCUUCAGAAGCGCAUCGUGGACGCCACCACCAAAGCAUCAAGGUUGCGAGCAACGGCUUCCAACAAGCACGCGCAGGCCAUGGAGCCGGUUCGAAUCGAGGUGGCACAAGCAGUUCUUGCUCGCCUGUCCAAGAAGCGAAAGGAAGAGGAUCAAUUCGAUGCUUUUGCUCUUGCAGAUCAGGACAAGGAUGGAUUUGUCUCCCGCGGCGAGUUUCAGAACUUUGUGAAUGACUGUCCCGGGAACUUCUCCCGAGAUCAGCUUAACAAGCUAUUCGAUUAUCUAGACGAUUCUCGCAUGGGCAGCCUUGAGCGGGAUGAUUUCAUGCGCUGCGCUAUUGUUUUCUACCGCGUCUCGCGGCCAAAUGUUGACCUUGUACAGACCAUGGGGGUCGCGCAGGGUAAGCUAGUGCGAAAGCUAGAUGUGAACGAGAUUCUGGAACUGCUGGAAGGGCCGAUCAAAGAGAUCAACAAAGUCGUAAGGGUGAAGUGCCGUGCGAUGAAGGACGGAGCUGUGGGCUGGGCAACUGCAACUGGAAGCAAUGGUGUUGUCUUUGUGGAGCAGAAGCGGGUUCAUUUUCAGGUGAAAAGCUCGACAACAUUGACCGACGUGCUUUCAGCCAAAGCUUGCACCAGCAUACGACAGCUGAAAGAGGGGGAGCUUCUGGAAGUGUUGGUCUGGGAGAGGACCGAUCCCACAACAGGGCUCCGGAGAUUAAAGGGACGAGCUUUGAGAGACGGCGCCGUCGGCUGGGCCACAAUCGAAGGCAACAAGGGCACGACAUUCCUGACCAUGGUCUAG